UCCCCUCGUCGCCCUCCUCUGCCGCUCGCCCUCCUCCGCCGCCCCCUUCUCCUGCAGUCGCCCUCCUCCGCCCGUCGACCUCCGUCUGUCCCGCUGGCCGCCCUCCGUCUGUUGAAAUCCUUUGCAGCGAAGUAUUGGUCUACAUUUGGAGAUCUGCUGCUGCUGGAAAGACUCUCUUAGAGCCUAAGAUCAUGGCAAGCCUUGCUGAUUCUUUCUUAGCGGAUCUUGAUGAACUGUCAGACAAUGAAGCAUAUCCUGAGGAAGAAAAUGCUGAAGCAGUGGGUAUGGAAGAGAUUGGUGAUGAUGAUAUGCCUGACCUUGAGUCUCUUAAUUAUGAUGACCUUGAUAGUGUUUCAAAGCUUCAGAAGGCACAACGUUACAAUGACAUAAUGCAUAAAGUUGAAGAUGCACUUCAGAAAGGUACAGACUUUUCCAAUCAAGGGUCCAUCCUGGAGGAAGAUCCAGAAUACCAGCUAAUUGUUGAUUGCAAUGCUUUAUCAGUAGAUAUUGAGAAUGAGAUAAUUAUAAUCCAUAACUUCAUACGUGACAAGUAUAGGCUGAAGUUUCCUGAACUGGAAUCCCUAGUUCAUCAUCCGAUUGAUUAUGCUCGUGUUGUCCAGAAGAUUGGAAAUGAGAUGGAUUUAACACUUGUAGAUCUGGAAGGGCUUUUACCUUCUGCAAUUAUAAUGGUAAUCUCAGUAACAGCAUCAACAACAAGUGGGAAGCCUCUUUCUGAGGAGAACUUGGUAAAAACUAUUGAAGCAUGUGAGAGAGCCCUUACUCUUGAUGCUGCAAAGAAGAAGGUACUUGAAUUUGUAGAGAGCAGAAUGGGUUACAUUGCACCAAACCUGUCUGCCAUUGUUGGCAGCGCUGUUGCCUCGAAGUUGAUGGGAACUGCUGGUGGUUUGGGAGCGCUUGCAAAAAUGCCUGCUUGUAAUGUUCAGUUACUUGGUGCUAAGAGGAAAAAUCUUGCUGGUUUUUCGACUGCUACAUCUCAGUUUCGUGUUGGCUAUCUUGAACAAACUGAUGUAUUCCAGAGCACCCCACCAGCUCUGAGGACUCGUGCUUGCAGACUUAUAGCUGCAAAGUCAACUCUAGCAGCAAGGAUCGAUUCAAUCAGAGGUGAUCCAACCGGAAAAGCUGGGCGUAGCUUGUUAGAAGAAAUCCGUAAGAAGAUUGAGAAGUGGCAAGAACCACCUCCCGCAAAGCUUCCAAAACCACUUCCUGUUCCAGACUUUGAGCCUAAAAAGAAGAGAGGUGGUCGUCGGCUUCGAAAAAUGAAAGAAAGAUAUGCACAGACUGAUAUGAUGAAGCUUGCUAACCGAAUGCAGUUUGGUGUACCAGAAGAGAGCUCACUAGGUGAUGGUUUAGGAGAAGGUUAUGGCAUGCUUGGACAGGCAGGAAGCGGAAAGCUACGCGUGUCAACUGCACCAAGCAAACUUGCUGCAAAAGUUGCCAAGAAAUUCAAGGAGAAGAGCUAUGGUAGCAGUGGUGCAACAUCGGGGCUGACUUCUAGUUUGGCAUUUACACCAGUUCAGGGAAUAGAGUUGUCAAAUCCACAGGCCCACGGGAAUCUGCUUGGAAGUGGAACUCAGAGCACCUAUUUUUCAGAGACCGGUACGUUCUCGAAGAUCAAAAGGACCUGAGCAAAGAAGCUAGUUUAUUUUGUUCGUCGUCGUCCCAGAUGCCCACACCUGUGAUGAUACUUAACUAUUCAGGAUCCACCGUGCUUAGGAUGAAUCCACUUUGUAAUAUUCUCCACCUUAUGGACGAAGUGGCACAUAUCUGUUUGCAAUCUUCAGGGUUCCGCUACUUUGAGACCCUGUUUGUUUUCCUCCGACUUUUUUUUUUUUGUCCAUGUCACAUCAAAUGUUUGGACACUAAUUAGAAGUAUUAAAUAUAUUAAAAAAAUCCCUGGAUCUAUACAGCCAUUCAGUGAUGAAAUUCA